UGGAGCCGGUGGGGAGGGGGGGUCAGCGGGGGAAGGCCGACUAAAGACAGGUCUCCCCACACAGCUCCGCCAGCCACAUUUGCAGCUUCGGCUGUCUGUCCAGAACCUGCUCCCACCUCAGGCUCAGGCUGACAGUGAGCUGCGCAAUGGGCUCUGAGCUGGAGACGGCGAUGGAGACUCUCAUCAGUGUGUUCCACGCCCACUCGGGCAAGGAAGGGGACAAGUACAAGCUGAGCAAGAAGGAGCUGAAAGAGCUGCUGCAGACCGAGCUCUCCGGCUUCCUGGACGCCCAGAAGGAUGCAGAUGCUGUGGACAAGGUGAUGAAGGAGCUAGACGAGAACGGAGACGGGGAGGUGGACUUCCAGGAGUACGUGGUGCUGGUGGCUGCCCUCACAGUGGCCUGUAACAACUUCUUCUGGGAGAACAGUUGAGCAGACAGCCCUAGGGGGCAGCGCCCUUCCCCUCCACCCUGCCAUACCUGCCCCUUUGCCCUGCUUCCCCUUCAUCCCUUUUUCCUCUCCCCACACUCCCACCUUUGCCCACCCUCCAACAAGGGCGCAAGAGUAGUGGGCCAGGCCUGCCACUCAUCUUUCAUUAAAGGCUCCUCUCUCGCCAA